AUGCCCAGAAGAAAGAACGCCUACCUUGAAGACGGCUCAGACUCGGACGUCUCCCUCUCCGGCCAGUCCGACGGCGCAUACGACUCGCAAGAGGACGGGGAGUCGAAAGCCGAACGACGCCUCUUUGAAUACAAGAGCAACAAGCGCAGACGGACAGACGGCAGGUCCGGAAAGGAAGACGCAUGGGAGGGGAUAUUUGGAGAAGGAGAUGAGGACGGCGGUGGGAGGGGAGGGAGGGGAGGGAUAUCUGGACGGGGGAGGAAGCCAGGGGCGAGUUCGUCACGGACAGACUGGACCAAAGCACCUACCUUUGUGUCAAAUGGCAAAAAGACCGCUGAAGAAGACGAACUGCAGGCAUUGGAACGGCAGGAGCAUGCGGAAGAAGAGGCCGCACAUAGAGCUUCGUCCAGCGGUUCCGACAGCUCCAGCGACAGUGAGAGCGGGGACGCGGAAGAGUCAAAAGCUCCUUCUCCUCGAGUGAGAGAGGAAGAGGAAGAGGAAGAUGCGCCCAGGCGAGGCAUGGGGCUGGGAUACGGGCGAGCUCCUGCUACUGCCACGAAUCUCGACGAAGCCCCGAGAGGCGGCUUGGGUGCUAGAGGUGCCGCUUUAAAUCCGGCAGACAGCCCCGAACCAAUCGACACCCCCUUGGCAUUUGGUCGUCCUCCCCCUUCUCUAACUUCCACCUCCGGCCCUCCUCGUGCCCAACGAUCCUUCCUCCCCAAAGCCCCAGAACCGUCAGCCGUCAAACAGGUCGAUCUCACAGCACACGAGCGCGCGCAUUUCAGCAGGAUCAAAUCGUCGUUUGGUGCCAAACUCCUUGCCAAGCAAGGUUGGGAGGCCGGUAAAGGUCUCGGUAAGGAUGAAGAUGGGCGGGCGGUACCGGUUGAGGUCGGGAAAGUCUUCAAGGGACAAGGUAUCCAGAGCGGCAUGAGGACAGAGGACAGUAAACGAGAAGCCAGGAGAAAGGGAGAGCUCUCCGAUGAAGAAGAGGAAGAUGUUGGCCCCUCGCGGAGACGGGGCAGAGCGCCCAAGGCCUCCAAGGAGAAGAAGGAGGACACUCAAGGGUGGAAGAGAGAGAAAAAGGUCAAAGUCAAAGUGGAGCACAAGACCUACGAGCAGCUGUUGGCGGAAGCUGGGGACGGGUCUGUUGCUCAGCCUGCCAUUGGUCUAGUCCUGGAUGCUCGCGGAGGUGAUCUGAAAGAGGUACAAUCGCUCUCAUCGCUAUCACUAUCCAAUUGGGCUCCGACAUCCGAAACAACCCGUCUUCCUGAACUGCGCCACAAUCUGCGUCUGAUACUGGAACAUACCAACGGAGAGGUGACUGGCAUGGUCAAAGAGGGGAAGGUUGUGCAGGAGAAGCGCAGAUGGGCUUUGCGAGAGGAAGAACGGUCAAGAGCCAAGUCUGAGCAUGCGGAAAAAGAACUAUUGAGAUUGCAGCAAAUUCAGCAACUGGUGCAAAGUAUCAACGACAUUGCUACCCAACAGACAGCUACCGAUAGUCCGUCGCUUGACCCUCUAGAGGCAAACUUUAAUACUUUGAUCAACAGCUACAAAGACGAGUACAAGACUUUAGGCUUGGACGAUGUUGUAGUGGGUGCUAUUGGGCAAGUGCUUCGCGACGAGUGGGCAGAGUGGCAACCUCUGAGCGUAUCAUCCGACGUCCUCCUAACAUCGCUCAAAACCUGGCGGAAAGCCUACAACCUCCCCACCCCAACUAAUGACGAUGAUCUUGCCGUGACAUACGACGAGGAGAACGGUUGGGAGGCUGAAAAGAAGGAGGAGGAGAACGGGGGCAGGAUGAUGACCGCUUGGGAAGCUUUGCUCUGGGCAUCGUGGACACCCAAAGUCCGGUCAGCAAUCAACAAUGACUGGGAACCGUCAAGGCCCGACAAAGCUGUCCACUUGCUCGAGUCGUGGCAGCCUAUACUACCCCAGUUCAUCCUCGACAAUGUCCUAGAUCAGCUCGUUCUGCCCAAAGUCAAAGCUGCCGUCGAACAAUGGGAUUCCCGCCGAGGCAAAUCAGCCGGGUCACUUUCCACCAUCGUCUUCCCAUGGCUACCAUUACUGGGCUCAGAGAGAGUUAAAGACGUUGUGGAUUUGGCCAAGCGAAGGAUACGAUCUGUUUUGCGAAAUUGGGCUGUCAAGGAUGGUGUGCCCGAUGAGCUUACUCAAUGGAGGAGGGCAAAGGUGAGUUUUGAAUGGGACAAGCUUAUAUUGCAGUUUGUCCUACCCAAACUUGGGGCUUGUUUACGGGACGACUUUGCCAUCAAUCCGCGCAAUCAAGACAUGGUACCGCUUCAGGACUGGGUAUUGCCUUGGCAUACUCUCAUCCGACAGUCUAAUUUUGCGCACCUCUUGGAGGCCGAGUUCUUCCCCAAAUGGUUGAAUAUCCUAUAUAUAUGGCUGAUUCAACCUUCUUGCAAGCAUAACGAGGUUGCCUCCUGGUUCACAUGGUGGAAAGAGCGCUUCCCUCAAGCUGUCCUCGAUAUACCAGGGGUGGCCCAUGGAUUCGACAGCGGGAUCCAGCUCAUGGGCGAGGCUGUCGGACUGGGCGCGGAUGCUCCGUCCAAGCUUCAAAAGCCAGUCUUCAAGCCUCUCCCGCACAAAUCCAGCAAGGCCUCGAAAGCACCCAAGGCCAAGCCCGCUCCCGCCGUUGCCGGUGCCAACAUUGUGCCCGAUAUCACAUUCCGGUCCAUUGCGGAAGAUUACGCUGUUCAGAACGAUCUCAUAUUGAUGCCUGUUGGGCGGUCGCACGACAAGACAGGCAAGCCGCUGUUCAAGGUGUGCAAAGGGGUAGAUGGACGUGGUGGUGUGACGGUGUACAUUGGGGAAAAUGCUGUCUUUGCCCAUAUGGAGGAUGGUGAAUACAGGGCGGUGUCUCUGGAUGACAUGGUGAAGCGAGCGAGUCAGUGA